CCUGUAGACCCUUUUACCUUCAGCUAUGGAGUGGAGAACAUCUGCACUCUGUAUACUGCUGCUGGCUCUCACCUGUGGCACCCUGGUUAAUGCAAAAAGGGUCUAUGCUAGUAACCAUGUGAACACCAUCUGUAGCAUGUGGGGUAACUUUCACUUCACAACAUUUGACGGAGAGACUUAUCAGUUUAAAGGCACGUGUGAAUAUAACCUGGUGUCCGACUGUCAUAGCCUCAUUCGCCAGUUCUCGGUUUACGUGAAAAGAACCCAAGAACCCAAAGAUUCAAAGAUCAGCAGACUGUCGGUUACUAUCAAUGACAUUGCCGUGGUAAUGACCGAGGACCUGGUGACGGUCAAUGAACAGAAUGUAACACUACCCAUCCAUGUCGCAGGAAUCCUCGUGGAGAAGAAUGCGAUUUACACCAAACUCUAUUCCAAAAUUGGCAUCAGUGUCAUGUGGAACAGAGAUGAUUCAGUCUUGGUGGAGCUGGACUCCAAAUAUUCUGGUCACACUUGUGGACUAUGUGGUGAUUUUAAUGGCAUUGCACUUAAUGAUGAAUUCAUCCAUUCAGGACGAAGGCUUGGCUAUGUCGAGUUCGGGAAUAAGCACAGAGUUCACGACCCGACCCAUUAUUGUGAAGACCCUUUUGAAGAGGUUGAAGAGCAAAAAGUGGUGGACCAAUGUGAAAAACACCCGGCAAUUUGUGGAGACAUUUUGGAAAAUGAAGACUGGUCGUCUUGUAGCUGGGUUCUGAGCCCUUUGCCAUACAUCAAGGCUUGUGCGAAUGACGUGUGUAACCGUCAGCCCGGUGAAACAAACACCACCUCACUUUGCUCGACUCUGUCUGAAUACUCACGUCAGUGCUUGCACGCUGGAGGAACCCCACCCAACUGGAGAACAUCCAACUUCUGCUCUGUGAAAUGUCCCUACAAUAUGGUUUAUUCUGAAAGUGGCUCUCCAUGCAUGGACACAUGUUCACACAGAGACACAAAUACACUGUGUGAGGAACACAAAGUCGACGGCUGCUUCUGCCCUCCAGGCACUGUAUUUGAUGAUAUCUCAAACACGGGCUGUAUCCCACUGAAACAAUGCCAGUGUAAACAUGACCACGUCUACAAUGCAGGAGAGGUCCUUCAGAAAGAGGGGGAAGAAUGUGUGUGUGAAGGAGGAAACUGGAUUUGUAAGAGUCUGCCCAGUCCUGGCCUGUGCGCAGUAGAGGAAGGAUCUCACUUCACCACCUAUGACGGAAAAGAAUUCACUUUUCAUGGAGACUGCAACUAUUUGCUUUCUAAAGAUUGUGAGGGGUCAAAGUUCAUCAUAUAUGGGCAGAUUGUUCCUUGUAUAAAUCUUGAAACUGACACCUGCUUGAAAUCUAUAGUGGUGCUGAUUGACAAUGACAAGAAAAACCCUCUGAUUAUUAAAGCUGAUGGGACAGUACAACACAAUGCUGAAGUUUUACUUCCAUACACCACAGCUGACGUUACCGUGUUCAGGCCGUCGUCAUUUCACAUCAUGUUUCAGACCGUGUUCGGUCUGCAGGUGCAGGUUCAGCUGGUUCCCCUCAUGCAGGUGUACAUCACUGUUGAUCAAAGCUUUCAGGGGAAGACUUGUGGGCUUUGUGGAAAUUUUAACAAAGUGCUGUCUGACGACCUGAAGACUCCUCAGGGCAUGGUGGAGGGUACAGCCAUUUCAUUCGCAAACGCCUGGAAGGUCCAAUCCAACUGCCCUGACCGUAAAGAGAGAAUGGACGACCCCUGUUCCUAUAGCACCAAUAGCGAGCACUUUGCUGAGCACUGGUGUUCCAAGAUAAAGGACAAAGAGAGCCUGUUUGCCAAAUGUCACACCUCCGUCAAUCCAGACAGCUACUACAAAAGGUGCAAAUACUCCAGCUGUAGUUGUGAGAAGAGUGAAGAGUGUCUGUGCGCCGUGUUCUCCUCGUACGCCCGGGCCUGUGCAGCUAAAGGGAUAUUUCUCCAAGGCUGGAGACACUUAGUGUGCGAGAAAUACACUGAGAAUUGCCCUGCUUCGCAAAACUACUCCUAUCAGCUGCAGAGCUGUCAGAGCACCUGUCAAUCUCUCAGCUCAGAGCGCCAGGACUGCAGCGUUGACUUUGUGCCUGUUGACGGAUGUGCCUGUCCGAAAGGACUCUACCAAGAUGAGAAGGGAGUUUGUGUACCUAUGGAAAAAUGUCCGUGUUACCACAAUGGCUUGAAAGUCCAACCUGGCAGGUCUAUUAGUAUUAAGGAUGACCACUGUGUUUGCAUGAAUGGAAAAUUUCACUGUCGCUCGUGGAAACCUCGUGUUCUGGAUUGCUCAUCUCCAAAGGUUUUCUUCAACUGCAGUACAGCAGGCCAGAAUGAUCAUGGAUUGGAGUGUGCACAGACUUGUUUGCAACAGAAAGUGGAUUGUUUCUCGCUGGAGUGUGAAUCUGGAUGUCAGUGUCCUACAGGUCUCCUGGAUGAUGGUAGAGGAAAUUGCGUUGCACCACAUAACUGCCCAUGUCCACACAAUGGACAGUUGUAUGCACCAGGGGCUCAGAUAACAAUGGACUGCAAUAAGUGCACUUGUCAACAGGGAACAUGGAAAUGUACAGAACAUAGCUGUCCGGGCAUCUGCACAAUUUAUGGAAGUGGACAUUAUCAAACUUUUGAUCAACAAAGAUUCGGCUUUAGAGGGGACUGCAGUUAUAUAGCUGUGCAGGACAAUUGCGGCAAUAAAACCGGUCAUUUUAGCGUGGUGACAGAGAAUAUACCUUGUGGAACAACAGGAACCACGUGUUCAAAAGCUGUUGAUAUCAUUUUGGGGAGGACUAGGCUGGAUCUUUCUGGUGACAAAGUAACAGCCACUGACACUGGAGUUGGUCCACUGAUCAAGUACAAUGAAAGGAAGGUUGGCAUGUAUAUCGUCAUCGAUGCUGAGAAUGGUCUGACAGUUUUGUGGGACCGGAUAACCACCGUCCGCAUCAUUCUGCAACCCCAGCAUUCGGGACAUGUUUGUGGCCUCUGUGGAAAUUUCAAUGGAAAUGGAAAAGAUGACUUCACCACUCAAGGAAACCUGCAAACUACAAAUAUAGUAGAGUUUGUGGACAGCUGGAAAGCGUUAAGCAACUGUCCUGAUUCAGAACCGGACAUUGACCCGUGCCUGGCGACUCCCAAUCGACACACCUGGGCCAAAAUACAAUGUAGCAUUAUAAAGGAAGAUACUUUCAAGGACUGCCAUAGUAAGGUGGAUCCAAACCCAUAUUAUGAGAACUGUGUGAAGGACUCGUGUGCGUGUGACACGGGUGGAGACUGUGAGUGCUUCUGCACAGCUGUAGCCGCUUACGCUCAAGCCUGCAAUGAAGCAGAUGUGUGUGUGGUCUGGAGAACACCUGAGAUCUGCCCUGUGUACUGUGACUACUACAAUAAUCCAGGUGACUGCACAUGGCAUUACAGUCCAUGUCAUAUGCCAUGCUACAAAACCUGUCUCAAUCCUGAGGGUAUCUGCAAUAACACUUUACCCAACCUGGAGGGAUGUUAUCCAGAAUGUCCAGAGGACAAGCCUAUUUUUGAUGAGAAAAAUCAAAUGUGUGUUGAGAAAUGUAAUGGUACUUGUUAUAUUAAUGGUACCGAGUUUAAUCCCGGAGAGGAGAUCCCAACAGAAGAGCCCUGUCAGAUAUGCAUGUGUGAUGAAAAUGGAAAAAUACAAUGUUUUCAAAAACCUGGAUGCUGUUACUACAAUGGAACAGAAUAUGGUCACAAUGAAAUAAUUUACAAUGUAACAGAUGGCAUGGGAAUGUGCUACUAUGCCAUUUGUAUAAAUACCACUGUGAUUAAAACACAGGAACCCUGUAAACCUUCACCAACACCUCCUGAAAACACUCCAACAACUACAAUUACAGUGUCAGAAACAGAAUCAACCACUCCCUCACAACCACCCAAACCACCCACUGCUUCCACGUCUUCACCUACACCAACAGAAAUUACAACAACAGGAACACCUCCUGGGAGUACUCCAACAACUAAAUCAUCAACACCCAACUUGUCCACUGUUUCCAGACCUGCAGCAACUACAACAACAGAAACAUCAAUUUCAAGUCCAACAACCUCAUCAGAAACUCCAGAAACAAUGUCACCUUGUGUGGAUAAAUGUGAGUGGUCUGAGUGGUUCAAUGUAUAUAAUCCUGUAACAGCAGGAGGGAAUGACUUUGAGACAUAUGAAAAUAUUAAAGAAAGUGGAAAAAAGAUCUGUGAACAUCCAGAAGAUAUUGAAUGUAGAGCUGUGAACCAAACAAACAUUAGCUUUGAAGAAUUUGUUAAUUCAACAAAACAAGUAGCCCAGUGCAAUGUUUUAUAUGGUCUGCAGUGUGAGAAAAAACAACAGAUUGCCCGUCCCUAUAAAUGUUUUGACUAUGAAAUACGGGUCCUCUGCUGUUUUCCUUGUUCCACACCCUCACCAACAACAACACCAACCUUUACAUUUAGCACAACACAAACACCAUUGAGCUCAACAUCCAGACCAUCUACCACAUCCUCACAAACACCCAAACCUCCCACUGUUUCCACAUCUUCGCCUACACCAACAGAAAUUACAACAAUAACAGGAACACCUCCUGGCAGUACUCCAAUGACAAAAAUGACACAAUCAACAACCAUGGUAGGAUCUACAACUUCCUCACAAACGCCCAAACCUCCCACUGUUUCCACAUCUUCACCUAGACCAACAAAAAUAACAACAAAAACAACUGGAAAACCUCCUGGCGGUACUCCAACAACAAAAAUGACACAAUCAACAACCAUGGUAGGAUCUACAACAUCCUCACAAACGCCCAAACCUCCCACUGUUGAAAUUACAAUUACAACUGGAAAACCUCCUGGGAGUACUCCAACAACAAAAUUUACACAAUCAACAACCAUGGUAGGAUCUACAACUUCCUUACAAACACCCAAACCACCCACUGUUUCCACAUCUUUACCUACACCAACAGAAAUUACAACAACAACAACAGGAACACCUCCUGGCAGUACUCCAUCAGAAACUCCAGAAACAAUGUCACCUUGUGUGGAUAAAUGUGAGUGGUCUGAGUGGUUCAAUGUAUAUAAUCCUGUAACAGCAGGAGGGAAUGACUUUGAGACAUAUGAAAAUAUUAAAGAAAGUGGAAAAAAGAUCUGUGAACAUCCAGAAGAUAUUGAAUGUAGAGCUGUGAACCAAACAAACAUUAGCUUUGAAGAAUUUGUUAAUUCAACAAAACAAGUAGCCCAGUGCAAUGUUUUAUAUGGUCUGCAGUGUGAGAAAAAACAACAGAUUGCCCGUCCCUAUAAAUGUUUUGACUAUGAAAUACGGGUCCUCUGCUGUUUUCCUUGUUCCACACCCUCACCAACAACAACACCAACCUUUACAUUUAGCACAACACAAACACCAUUGAGCUCAACAUCCAGACCAUCUACCACAUCCUCACAAACACCCAAACCUCCCACUGUUUCCACAUCUUCGCCUACACCAACAGAAAUUACAACAAUAACAGGAACACCUCCUGGCAGUACUCCAAUAACAAAAAUGACACAAUCAACAACCAUGGUAGGAUCUACAACUUCCUCACAAUCGCCCAAACCUCCCACUGUUUCCACAUCUUCACCUAGACCAACAAAAAUAACAACAAAAACAACUGGAAAACCUCCUGGCGGUACUCCAACAACAAAAAUGACACAAUCAACAACCAUGGUAGGAUCUACAACAUCCUCACAAACGCCCAAACCUCCCACUGUUGAAAUUACAAUUACAACUGGAAAACCUCCUGGGAGUACUCCAACAACAAAAUUUACACAAUCAACAACCAUGGUAGGAUCUACAACUUCCUUACAAACACCCAAACCGCCCACUGUUUCCACAUCUUUACCUACACCAACAGAAAUUACAACAACAACAACAGGAACACCUCCUGGCAGUACUCCAUCAGAAACUCCAGAAACAAUGUCACCUUGUGUGGAUAAAUGUGAGUGGUCUGAGUGGUUCAAUGUAUAUAAUCCUGUAACAGCAGGAGGGAAUGACUUUGAGACAUAUGAAAAUAUUAAAGAAAGUGGAAAAAAGAUCUGUGAACAUCCAGAAGAUAUUGAAUGUAGAGCUGUGAACCAAACAAACAUUAGCUUUGAAGAAUUUGUUAAUUCAACAAAACAAGUAGCCCAGUGCAAUGUUUUAUAUGGUCUGCAGUGUGAGAAAAAACAACAGAUUGCCCGUCCCUAUAAAUGUUUUGACUAUGAAAUAAGGGUCCUCUGCUGUUUUCCUUGUUCCACACCCUCACCAACAACAACACCAACCUUUACAUUUAGCACAACACAAACACCAUUGAGCUCAACAUCCAGACCAUCUACCACAUCCUCACAAACACCCAAACCUCCCACUGUUUCCACAUCUUCACCUACACCAACAGAAAUUACAACAAUAACAGGAACACCUCCUGGCAGUACUCCAAUAACAAAAAUGACACAAUCAACAACCAUGGUAGGAUCUACAACUUCCUCACAAACGCCCAAACCUCCCACUGUUUCCACAUCUUCACCUAGACCAACAAAAAUAAUAACAACAACAACAACAACAACAGGAACACCUCCUGGCAGUACUCCAAUAACAAAAAUGACACAAUCAACAACCAUGGUAGGAUCUACAACUUCCUCACAAACGCCUAAACCCCCCACUAUUUCCACAUUUACAAAUGGAACACCUACUGGCAGUACUCCAACAACAAACAUUAUUGAAUCAACAACUGAAACAGUAACUACAUUAUCAAUAUCAAAUAAUAGCAGCUCAACUCCUAGUUUACCAAUAAUUACUGGCCCUACAAUAACAGCAUCGGCCAGACCACAAAUAAAUGAAUCAACUACCACAAAACCUACAACAUCAAAGCCUUUGGUGAAAACUGAAUCAACAACAGCCAUAGAAUCACCCACAUCCUUACAAACGCCCCAAUCACCCACUGUUUCCACAUUGUCAUCUAUACCAACAGAAAGGACUACAACAACAGGAACACCCCUUGGAAGUACUCUAACGACAAAAUUUACACAAUCAACAACAGUGGGCAGAUCUACAACUUUCUCACAAACCCCCAAACCAUCCACUGUUUCUACAUCUUCACCUACACCAACAGAAAGGAUCACAACAACAGGAACGCCUCCUGGGAGUACUCCAACAACGAAAUGUACAGAAUCCACAACCAUGGUAGGCUCUACAACUUCCUCACAAACACCCAAACCUCCCACUGUUUCCACAUCUUCACCUACAGUAACAGAAAUUACAACAACAACAACAACAACAGGAACACCUCCUAGCAGUACUCCAACAACAAAAAUGACACAAUCAACAACCAUGGUAGGAUCUACAUUUUCCUCACAAACGCCCAAAACUCCUACUAUUGAAAUUACAAUUACAACGGGAAAACCUCCUGGCAGUACUCCAACAACAAAAUAUACACCAACAACAACCAUGGUAAGUUCUACAACUUCCUUACAAACACCCAAACCGCCCACUGUUUCCACAUCUUUACCUACACCAACAGAAAUUACAACAACAACAACAGGAACACCUCCUGGCAGUACUCCAACAACAAAAAUGACAAAAUCAACAACCAUGGUAGGAUCUACAACUUCCUCAAAAAAGCCCAUACCUCCCACUAUUUCCACAUCUUCAUCUACACCAACAAAAAUAACAACAACAACAACAACAGGAACACCUCCUGGAAGUACUCCAACAACAAAAACGACACAAUCAACAACCAUGGUAGGAUCUACAACUUCCUCACAAACACCCAAACCUCCGACUGUUGAAAUUACAAUUACAACGGGAAAACCUCCUGGGAGUACUCCAACAACAAAAUUGACACAAUCAACAACCAUGGUAGGAUCUACAACUUCCUUACAAACACCUAAACCGCCCACUGUUUCCACAUCUUUACCUACACCAACAGAAAUUACAACAACAACAACAGGAACACCUCUUGGCAGUAAUCCAACAACAAAAAUGACACAAUCAACAACCAUGGUAGGAUCUACAACUUUCUCAAAAAAGCCCAUACCUCCCACUAUUUCCACGUCUUCACCUACACCAACAAAAAUAACAACAACAACAACAACAGGAACACCUCCUGGAAGUAGUCUAACACCAAAAACGACAAAAUCAACAACCAUGGUACGAUCUACAACUUCCUCACAAACACCUAAACCUCCCACUGUUUCCACAUCUUUACCUAGACCAACAAAAAUAACAACAACAACAACAGGAACUCCUCCUGGCAGGUCUCCAACAACAAAAAUGACACAGUCAACAACCAUGGUAGGAUCUACAACUUCCUCACAAACGCCCAAACCUCCCACUGUUUCCACAUCUUCACCUACACCAACAAAAAUAACAACAAAAACAACUGGAAAACCUCCUGGCGGUACUCCAACAACAAAAAUGACACAAUCAACAACCAUGGUAGGAUCUACAACAUCCUCACAAACGCCCAAACCUCCCACUGUUGAAAUUACAAUUACAACUGGAAAACCUCCUGGGAGUACUCCAACAACAAAAUUUACACAAUCAACAACCAUGGUAGGAUCUACAACUUCCUUACAAACACCCAAACCGCCCACUGUUUCCACAUCUUUACCUACACCAACAGAAAUUACAACAACAACAACAGGAACACCUCCUGGCAGUACUCCAACAACAAAAAUGACACAAUCAACAACCAUGGUAGGAUCUACAACUUCCUCACAAACGCCCAAACCUCCCACUGUUUCCACAUCUUCACCUACACUAACAAAAAUAACAACAACAACAACAGGAACACCUCCUGGAAGUAGUCCAACACCAAAAACAACAAAAUCAACAACCAUGGUAGGAUCUACAACUUCCUCACAAACACCCAAACCUCCCACUGUUUCCACAUCUUUACCUAGACCAACAAAAAUAACAACAGGAACACCUCCUGGCAGUUCUCCAACAACAAAAAUGACACAAUCAACAACCAUGGUAGGAUCUACAACUUCCUCACAAACGCCCAAACCUCCCACUGUUGAAAUUACAAUUACAACGGGAAAACCUCCUGGGAGUACUCCAACAACAAAAUUUACACAAUCAACAACCAUGGUAGGAUCUACAACUUCCUUACAAACACCCAUUCCUCCCACUAUUUCCACAUCUUCACCUUCACCAACAAAAAUAACAACAACAGGAACACCUCCUGGAAGUACUCCAACAACAAAAAUGACAAAAACAACAACCAUGGUAGGAUCUACAACUUCCUCAAAAAAGCCCAUACCGCCCACUAUUUCCACAUCUUCACCUACACCAACAAAAAUAACAACAAAAACAACAGGAACACCUGCUGGAAGUACUCCAACACCAAAAAUGACACAAUCAACAACCAUGGUAGGAUCUACAACUUCCUCACAAACGCCCAAACCUCCCACUGUUGAAAUUACAAUUACAACGGGAAAACCUCCUGGGAGUACUCCAACAACAAAAUUUACACAAUCAACAACCAUGGUAGGAUCUACAACUUCCUUACAAACACCCAUACCUCCCACUAUUUUCACAUCUUCACCUUCACCAACAAAAAUAACAACAACAGGAACACCUCCUGGAAGUACUCCAACAUCAAAAACGACACAAUCAACAACCAUGGUAGGAUCUACAACUUCAGCACAAACACCCAAACCACCCACUUUUUUCACAUCUUUACCUACACCAACAGAAAUUACAACAACAACAACAACAACAACAGGAACACCUCCUGGAAGUACUCCAACACCAAAAACGACAAAAUCAACAACCAUGGUAGGGUCUACAACUUCCUCACAAACAACCAAACCUCCCACUGUUUCCACAUCUUUACCGAGACCAACAAAAAUAACAACAACAACAACAGGAACACCUUCUGGCAGUUCUCCAACAACAAAAAUGACACAAUCAACAAACAUGGUAGGAUCUACAACUUCCUCACAAACGCCCAAACCUCCCACUGUUGAAAUUACAAUUACAACGAGAAAACCUCCUGGGAGUACUCCAACAACAAAAUUUACACAUUCAACAACCAUGGUAGGAUCUACAACUUCCUUACAAACACCCAAACCACCUACUGUUUCCACAUCUUUACCUACACCAACAGAAAUUACAACAACAACAACAACAACAGGAACACCUCCUGGCAGUACUCCAACAACAAAAAUGACAAAAUCAACAACCAUGGUAAGAUCUACAACUUCCUCAAAAAAGCCCAUACCUCCCACUAUUUCCACAUCUUCAUCUACACCAACAAAAAUAACAACAACAACAACAACAGGAACACCUUCUGGCAGUUCUCCAACAACAAAAAUGACACAAUCAACAAACAUGGUAGGAUCUACAUCUUCCUCACAAACGCCCAAACCUCCCACUGUUGAAAUUACAAUUACAACGAGAAAACCUCAUGGGAGUACUCCAACAACAAAAUUUACACAAUCAACAACCAUGGUAGGAUCUACAACUUCCUCACAAACGCCCAAACCUCCCACUGUUGAAAUUACAAUUACAACGGGAAAACCUCCCGGGAGUACUCCAACAACAAAAUUUACACAAUCAACAACCAUGGUAGGAUCUACAACUUCCUUACAAACACCCAAACUGCCCACUGUGUCCACAUCUUUACCUACACCAGCAGAAAUUACAACAACAACAACAGGAACAUCUCCUGGCAGUACUCCAACAACAAAAAUGACACAAUCAACAACCAUGGUAGGAUCUACAACUUUCUCAAAAAAGCCCAAACCUCCCACUAUUUCCACAUCUUCACCUACACCAACAAAAAUAGCAACAACAACAAAAACAACAGGAACACCUCCUGGAAGUACUCCAACAUCAAAAACGACAAAAUCAACAACCAUGGUAGGAUCUACAACUUCCUCACAAACGCCCAAACCUCCCACUGUUGAAAUUACAAUUACAACGGGAAAACCUCCUGGGAGUACUCCAACAACAAAAUUUACACAAUCAACAACCAUGGUAGGAUCUACAACUUCCUUACAAACACCCAUACCUCCCACUAUUUCCACAUCUUCACCUUCACCAACAAAAAUAACAACAACAGGAACACCUCCUGGAAGUACUCCAACAUCAAAAACGACACAAUCAACAACCAUGGUAGGAUCUACAACUUCCUCACAAACACCCAAACCUCCCACUAUUUCCACAUCUUCACCUACACCAACAAAAAUAACAACAACAACAACAGGAACACCUCCUGGCGGUACUCCAACAACAAAAAUGACACAAUCAACAACCAUGGUAGGAUCUACAACUUCCUCACAAACGCCCAAACCUCCCACUGUUGAAAUUACAAUUACAACGGGAAAACCUCCCGGGAGUACUCCAACAACAAAAUUUACACAAUCAACAACCAUGGUAGGAUCUACAACUUCCUUACAAACACCCAAACUGCCCACUGUUUCCACAUCUUUACCUACACCAACAGAAAUUACAACAACAACAACAACAGGAACACCUCCUGGCAGUACUCCAAGAACAAAAAUGACACAAUCAACAACCAUGGUAGGAUCUACAACUUCCUCAAAAAAGCCCAUACUUCCCACUAUUUCCACAUCUUCACCUAAACCAACAAAAAUAGCAACAACAACAGGAACACCUCCUGGAAGUACUCCAACACCAAAAACGACAAAAUCAACAACCAUGGUAGGAUCUACAACUUCCUCACAAACACCCAAACCUCCCACUAUUUCCACAUAUUCACCUACACCAACAAAAAUAACAACAACAACAGGAACACCUCCUGGCGGUACUCCAACAACAAAAAUGACACAAUCAACAACCAUGGUAGGAUCUACAACUUCCUCACAAACGCCCAAACCUCCCACUGUUGAAAUUACAAUUACAACGGGAAAACCUCCCGGGAGUACUCCAACAACAAAAUUUACACAAUCAACAACCAUGGUAGGAUCUACAACUUCCUUACAAACACCCAAACUGCCCACUGUUUCCACAUCUUUACCUACACCAACAGAAAUUACAACAACAACAACAGGAACACCUCCUGGCAGUACUCCAAGAACAAAAAUGACACAAUCAACAACCAUGGUAGGAUCUACAACUUCCUCAAAAAAGCCCAUACCUCCCACUAUUUCCACAUCUUCACCUACACCAACAAAAAUAGCAACAACAACAGGAACACCUCCUGGAAGUACUCCAACACCAAAAACGACAAAAUCAACAACCAUGGUAGGAUCUACAACUUCCUCACAAACACCCAACCCUCCCACUGUUUCCACAUCUUUACCUAGACCAACAAAAAUAACAUCUACAACAGGAAUACCUACUGGAAGUACUCCAACAACUAAACUAACACAAUCAACAACAGUGGUAGUACCUACAACUUCAUCACAAACCCCCAAACCUCCCACUGUUUCUACAUCUUCAACAACACCAACAGAAAGGAUCACAACAACAGGAACACCUGCUGGGAGUACUCCAACAACAACAUUUACACAAUCCACAACCGUGGUAGGAUCUACAACUUCCUCACAAACCCCCAAACCACCCACUGUUUCUACAUCUUCACCUUCACCAACAAAAAUAAAAACAACAACAACAGGAACACCUCCUGGAAGUGGUCCAACCACAAAAUUUACACAAUCAACAACAGUGGUAGUAUCUCCAGCUUCCUCACAAACCCCCAAACCACCCACUGUUUCUACACCUUUCCCUACACCAACAAUAUCUACAACCAGAACACCUCCUGGAAGUACUCCAACAAUUAAAGUAACACAAUCAACAACAGUGGUAGUGUCUACAACUUCCUCACAAACACCCACACCUCCCACUGUUUCUACAUCUUCACCUACACCAACAAAAACUACAAGAGGAAUACCUAUCAGAAGUACUAAAACAACUAAACUAACACAAUCAACAACAGUGGUAAUACCUACAACUUCCCCACAAACACCAAAACCACCCACUGUUUCUACAUCGUCACCUACACCAACAGAAAGGACAACAACAACAGGAACACCUCCUGGAAGUACUCACACAACUAAAAUUACAAAAUCCACAACCGUGGUAGGAUCUACAACUUCCUCACAAACCCCCAAACCUCCCACUGUUUCCACAUCUUUAACUACAGCAACAAGAAUUACAACAACAACAACAACAACAACAACAGGAACACCUCCUGUUUUAUCUACACAUCCUGGAAGCACUCCACCGACCUCAUCCACAAAGCCCUUAACAACAACUAUAAAGACAACCCUAUCUACAACUACCCGUCCUAGCACUACACUCUGUUUUUGUGAAUUUAAUGGAAUGCAGUAUGAGCUUGGAGAGACAAUCCUUGACAAUGUGCACCUUGGCUCUGGGAUCUGUCUGACCAUGGUCUGCUCUGACAUCUGUGUGAUUCAGAAUACAACAAACCCAUGUCCAACUUCACCAACACCAACUCCCACUCCAUACUAUGACUGCCCUGAAUGGGACAAAAAUACCAAUGAGACCUUCAUCCUGUGUAACUGCACCAUGGCAAGGUGCAUAAAGGACAACAUCAUUGAGAUUAUCCCAUACGAAUGUCCCCCACUCCAAAACAUCACAUGUGCUAAUGGAAAGAAACCAGUGCUGGUAUAUGAUGAGCACUACUGCUGCCAGCAUUACGCCUGUGACUGCUUUUGUGAAGGCUGGGGCGAUCCGCAUUACAUUACAUUUGAUGGAACAUUUUACAGUUAUCAAGGAAAUUGCACUUACACAUUAAUGGAAGAAAUUCGGCCUCACUAUCAUUUGAAGAUCUACAUUGAUAAUGUCUAUUGUGACCCCAUUGAGCAUGUUUCCUGUCCAAGGUCAAUUAUUGUAUCAUAUAACAACCAAGUCAUUACACUUACGAAUCACAAUUUAUUUGGAGGUGCAGAUCUAGAGGCUUCAAUUGGCAAUAAAAAGCUAAGACUGCCUUUUAGUCGUGAUGCAGUGAGGGUGGUGAGCUCAAGUUUGGAUUUAUUCCUGGAGAUUCCACAGCUGGGUGUCAUUGUAACAUUCGGAGCCACCGGCUUUAGCAUCAACCUGCCGUUUAAGCAUUUUGGAAACAACACACAAGGGCACUGUGGAACAUGCAACAAUAACAGGGCCGAUGACUGUAUGCUUCCUGGAGGGAUCUUGGUGUCUGACUGCGCAGUGAUGGCGGAUUACUGGCCAGCUAACCUCAAAAAUGGUGAAAUAUGCACUAAACCGACUGUGUUACCUACAGUGGGAACGAGCCCCAAACGCACACCCAGCAAUUGCCAGGCUCUUCCGGAAUGCAACCUCCUUCACAGCAAGUUGUUCGAACAGUGCCAUCACUAUGUGUCUCCAGAUAACUUCUUUUUAGGCUGUCAUUAUGACAGUUGUCAUAUGAGCAACCCUGCCGUGGUGUGUACAAGUCUGCAGACCUAUGCAAGGACUUGUUCUCAGUUUGGCCUCUGCAUCAACUGGAGAAACUACACAAGCCUCUGCAACAUUGAAUGCCCAAAAGAUAAAAUCUUCAAGCCAUGUGGCCCAGCUGAACCCCAAACCUGUGAAGACCAACCUGAAGAGAGGAGUCUUGAAAUCCCCACUGAGGGAUGCUUUUGCCCAGAUGGGAUGAUGCUCUUCAACAAAGUGUCAGACGUCUGUGUGGAAAAAUGCGGAUGCCUGGAUGCAUCAGGGACCCCACGUGAGUUUGGGAAGGUCUUCGAGUACAACUGCGAGGAUUGUGUCUGUGAAAGGGCCACAAAAUCUGUCACCUGUAAGCCCAAACAGUGUCUUGAUUCUGUCCCUGAGAGCUGCACACAACCUGGCUUAGUGUUGGUCAAUGUCACCGAUCCCUCGGACCCAUGCUGCACCAAACAAGUUUGCAAUUGUGAUACAACUACAUGCCCACCUUUGAAUCAGAUGUGUGAGAUUGGAUAUUCUCCAGACCUGGAGGUGCCUGAGGGAAAAUGCUGUCCAGAAAUAAUAUGCGUGCCCAAACAAGUCUGUGUCUAUAACAAAAAAGAGUAUGAGCCUGGUAGCCCCAUCCCAGUUGUUAACUGUAAAGAAUGUACAUGUACGCGGGAAGUGGAUCCUAAAACACAAUUGUUCAGAAUCAGCUGCAAAAUGGUUACAUGCAACAAAGUCUGUAACCCUGGUUAUGAAUAUCAAGAGCCUGUAAGCUAUAAGGAUUGCUGUGGAAAGUGCGUGCAAACUCACUGUAUCAUCAAUGUGAAGGGCACGCACCAUAUACUGAAGGAGGGAGAUGUUUUGCACACUACUGACCGGGGUUGCGACAGAAUCACGUGCACUAAAGUUAAUGGACAGUUCGUCACUGAUAACUACAGAGUCCAGUGCCCUGCUUUCAACAUCUCCAACUGCCAGCCUGGUACAGUCCAGCUCAUUGCUGAUGGCUGCUGCUACUUUUGUGUGGACAAGAUUAAGGGCUGUCAAGUGCAGGUUGUUCACGAUUAUAUAGUUCACGACGGUUGCCAAUCAGAAAAUAAAUUUGACCUGACAUUCUGUGAGGGAGAUUGUGGCAGUUAUAGCAGGUACACUGAACCCAAGUUAUCCACCUGUAGCUGUUGCCAGGCAACCAACAUAAGUAAUAGAACAGUGUCUCUCGGUUGUCCAAGUGGAGCCAAAAUACAUCACACGUACAUUCAUGUCAAUAAGUGCACCUGUAGCAAAAGAGCCUGUCAUGAAACUGGAUUUAACCAGCACAAGCUUGAAAACUCCCGUAAGAAACGCGGCUUUCAACUUACAUGAGCGUUUAAUGACUCCAGAUGUCAAUGAGUCGUCAAAUAACUUUGUGAAGCUUGUAAUCU